CGACCGCGCCAUGACCAUGAAGAUCUCCGCGCACGAUUACGACUACGAUCUCGUCAUCAUCGGCGCGGGCGUCGGCGGCCACGGCGCCGCGCUCCACGCCGUGGAGUGCGGCCUCAAGACUGCCAUCAUCGAGGGCGGCGUCAUCGGCGGCACCUGCGUCAACCGCGGCUGCGUCCCGUCCAAGGCGCUCCUCGCCGCUUCCGGCCGUGUCCGCGAGAUGCGCGACGCCGAUCACCUCAAGAUGCUCGGCAUCGAGGUGGGCGACGUUCGCUUCGAGCGCCAGGGCAUCGCCGAUCACGCCGAGAACCUCGCGUCCACCAUCCGCAACAACCUCACCAACUCCAUGAAGGGCCUCGGCGUGGACAUCCUCCUCGGUAACGCCACCUUCAGGGAUAACCACACCGUCUCCUACGGUAACAAGAAGUGCACCGCGCAGAACAUCAUCAUCGCCACCGGAUCCAUCCCCUUCGUGCCCCCGGGCAUCGAGAUUGACGGCAAGACUGUCUUCACCUCGGACGACGCCCUGAAGCUCGAGUGGCUCCCGGAUUGGGUCGCCAUCAUCGGCUCCGGCUACAUCGGCCUCGAGUUCUCCGACGUCUACACCGCCUUGGGCUCCGACGUCACCUUCAUCGAGGCCAUGCCCAAGAUCAUGCCCGGCUUCGACGGCGAGAUUGCCAAGCAGGCUGAGCGCAUCCUCAUCGGUCCCCGCAACAUCGAUUACGUCACAAACGUCCUCGCCACCAAGGUGACCCCCGGCAUCCCGGGCGAGAAGCCGGUGACCAUCGAGCUCUCCGACUUCAAGACCCGCGAGGUCGUCGACGUCAUGGAGGUGGACGCGUGCCUCGUCGCGACCGGCCGCGCGCCCUUCACCGACGGCCUCGGCCUCGGCUCCAUCAACGUCGAGACCCAGCGCGGUUUCGUCCCCGUGAACGAGCGCAUGCAGGCUCUCGACAAGGACGGCGAGGUGAUCGAGGGCGUGUGGUGCAUCGGCGACGCCAACGGCAAGAUGAUGCUCGCGCACGCGGCGUCCGCGCAGGGCAUCGCCGCGAUUGAGUGCAUGUGCGGCCGCGACAAGGUGCUCAACCACAACUCCGUACCCGCGGCGUGCUUCACGCACCCGGAGGUGUCCUUCGUCGGCAUGACCGAGGAGCAGGCGCGAGCCAAGGGCGAGGAGGAGGGUUUCGAGGUGACAGUGAAGAAGACCUCGUUCAAGGCGAACUCCAAGGCCCUGGCGGAGAAGGAGUCCGACGGCAUGGCCAAGCUCAUCUACCGCUCGGACACGGGCGAGAUUCUCGGGAUGUGGAUCAUGGGCCUCCACGCCGCGGAUCUCAUCCACGAGGCGUCCAACGCCGUGAACCAGGGCAUGAAGGCCCAGGACCUCAAGUUCGCGGUCCACGCGCACCCCACGCUCGCGGAGGUUGUCGACGAGGUCUUCAAGCAGGUGGGUUCCACCGUGGCGCACUGAGCCGGCGUUGAGGGAGGUUUUUAGCAUUCUUUUGUAACUAAACACGAUACUGUCGGAGGGUCG